CAACCCUUACCUGGCACACACCUUACUACAGGGGCAUAUUUUACAAGGUGUCCAAGUCCGAACUUCCGCAAGUUUGCCAAUAACAAUUGCCAUCUCGGCCACUCUGGAGGUCCACCACGGAGGCCUCAUUUAUCACUUUCGCAUUGCACGCCCCGAAACGAGCAUUUCCAGCGAAAAGGAGGUCUCAGAGCAACAGCCAAAGUUUCACAAAAACAAGCUACUCAAGAUGUCUAUCCGCGCUGCUGUCCCAGCGGACUACCCCCGCAUGGCUGAGGUUGCCGCCGCUGCGUUCAUGGAGGACGACGUCUAUGGGCGCUUCAUGUUCCCCCGUCGUCGCCAAUAUCCUGAGGACUACAUCACCCAGUGGGAGAGGCGCAUUGCCAUGUACGCCACCAAGCCCGAGUACGAACAGUAUGUUGCUGUGGAUGCCUUGACUGGCUCCGUUGUUGCAUGGGCAUGCUGGGAGCGCAUUGGACCCGGGGCUGCGGCUCGCGCGAACCCGUUGUAUCUACGCAUCAAGAACUUCUAUGCUACGGUUAUGGGCAGCGUCGUGUCCUACUUCUGGCCAGAUCGUUCUGCGGACCCGGAGCACAUCAAGGCCUUCAAGGACGCUGUGCCCUAUGCUGCGCACCUCUGGUCUGGAGAUCGCGAGGAGGCAUGGCACCUUGACAUCCUCUGUACGCACCCUGACUUUGAGGGCAAGAAGCACGGCAGCUCGCUUGUCAAGUGGGGGAUCAGCCAGGCUGAGGGAGAAGGGAUUUGCACGUCGGUGAUUGCUGCAUGGGAGAAGGAUCCUUACUAUGCAAAGUUUGGAUUCAAGGAGGCCGGAAGAGCGGAUGUGGGGCCGAUCGCUGGGGUCAAGGGCGGCGCUGUCAUGUUUAGGGACAAGAUUGCAAGGGAGUAGAGAGAAGGGGAAGGCGGCGAUGAGACGGAAGGCAAGGAAGAGAAGGAAGGGUAGGAAAGUGAUCCGGGCGGACAGGUACAGACCCGCAGUUGUGGGUUGUAUACAUAUGGAUCGCAAAUAGCGGCGGCGUUCUCGAUGCUACUAUGUCCGAGCCCGAUAUAGUAAGGUAUGCAAACAACAAGG